AUGACAGACACCAAUUCCACAACGUCCUCCCCCGACUCCCCAGUCAAGAAAUUCCGCAGCACAAGCCUCUCCAACAGCCCAGAGUCAACACAAUCAAUUGACCCCGCCUUACUAGACGAGGAAGAAAACCCGCUCGAAGAAGGCAUAGCCGAUAAUGUGGUCCCGCCAUCAAAACAGUCCUACGCCAUCAGCGGGGGAGGAUACAACGCCCUAAAGACACACAAGGGCCAGCUCUACUCCGGGAUGGCAGUCGGCGGCUCUCAUACCUGGAACUACGACCCCGGUACAUGGAAAGAAACCAAAGAAGAACCCGAUCUAUGGCGAAUCGACUAUCAAACGAACAAGCGACGCGCGCGUAAUGCACCCAAGGGCAGUGGAGCACCCGUGGGGACGGAAUAUCACUGGUUAAUCGUGGGGCACCAGCACGUGCGAAAGAUUGAUGCCAACACGUACGAGACCCAUUUAACGGGUGCCAAGUAUAAGUUGGCACACAAGUCAGCCACAACAGGGUCCUGGUCCAUCCCGACAGUGCGGGGUCAACGAGAACGGGAAAUUGAUUUACUCGAAGAUGCGCAGCGUCGUGUACAAGGAUUGCCGCCGGUGCUUGCCAGCGAAAAGGUCAAGGUUGAUCGGCGCGAGAAAGGGCAACAAAGCCUCGAUACGUUGUUUAGUAAAGCUAGUCGUGGGAAGGCGGAGAUUGCCGAGGCUAAGAAGCGGAAACGAGUUUAG